GAGGACGGUGGACCGAUCCGUGGGCGCCAACGAGGGGCUCAUCGUGGAAAUGGAGGACGGGAAGAUCUUCGAGAUUGUCGUGCCCCUCGACAGUGGGAAUCAGUGGUGCUGCGACUGGGAGGAAAGCCGAAUGCCUAGCAGCCGGGAGGAGGUGCUCCCGUCCCGAG